AUGUCUUCUCACCAUUCACCCUAUGACACUCUCGAAACAGCGUCUCACUCAACCCCAGGCCAUGAACCUCAAUCUUCAAAACGAAAACACUCAACUUCAGGUCGCGAAUAUGGUUUAAUGCGCGACACAGGUGAACAUGACGCCGCUCGCUUUGUAGGGAGUGGUAGUGGAAUUCACUAUAUCCGCGCUGUUCACUUGAGGUUGGCCAAGAAAUCUGCCUCGAGAACGGAAUCUUCUACUAUCAACACACUUAUCCCUGGAGAAGAUGACCAACUGCGACAGGGAACUUCGAGUAAAAGAAAUCAAGAGCAAUUUCUAUGGAGAGACGAUGAAGUUAAUACUGAACAAGACGUAUUGCCGGGUUUCCAAGAUUUUGCGGACUGGUCCAAGAGCUACUUUGAAGCAUGGCAUCCUGUUCUUCCCUUUCUUCAUGGGCCAGAAGUUUUGGGUUUGUUCGAGGAAGUUUCCAAAAAUGGCAUCACCUCCUUGAAUUUUAUAGACAAAGUUAUCGUCAAGUCUAUCCUUUCCAUCUCAUUGGCCGAUAGUCGUCAGUCCAUCGCUUUCGAGAAACCGAUACCCAAACAAUUCCUUUUCAACAGCGUCGACGAUGCAUUAGCAAGCUCACAAUUUGCUCUGAGUCAGCCAGCGUCACUCCGAACAACCCAAGCUGCUCUAGCUAUUCAGUUGUUCUUGACUUCGAUGUUGUGUCUAAACGCUGCGUCCAGGCUGGGUGGACUUAUCGUCCGUGCCGCAUUCCAAUUAGGCCUUCAUCGAUGUCCAGCACGGUAUCCCUUUUUCACCACCAAAGAAGCUUCAGUUCGUCGACGAGUCUUUUGGUGUAUAUACAUCUUGGAAAGGCUUCUCUGUCAGUCUCUCGGUCUACCACUUGAUAUCCACGACGACGAUCUCGAUGUGUGUUAUCCUGGUGAAGAGCGUCACACUCUCACAAACAGAGACGAAAACGUCCAGCGACUACAACUUCUGACCUUUGUGACAAAACAUGCCCGUAUUCGUGGCCUUAUCCUUGAGCUAAGGAACAAAUCCAUGCUGCAGCGGCAAGACACGGCAGAUCGGGCAGCUUUUGUGCAGGCUGAGUUGGCAAAAUGGUUCAACGAAAUCCAGGACGCAGUUGAGGAAGAUGAUCUCGCUGACGCAGACUCAAAUACACCUACAAUAUCAAAGCACCAUAAGAUCAUGCUCUUAGUGUUAAAGCACGAGUCGGUGAUAUGUCUCAACAGACCUGGCUUGGCCUCAGAGCAUCCUUCUUCAUCAUACUCAUCCGCUUUUCAGGCCUGUAUUUCCGCUGCAAAGUCAAUAUUGAUAAUACUCAAGAAGCACCGGAAUCGACAUCAAUUACAAGUUGACUCAAAUGGUGCGAGAUCACAGACACCUUUGCUGUGGCCAUCGUUUACAUGGUCUAUCUGGAUCAGUGCAUUCGUUCUUAUACAUGCUGCCUUUGAGAGACAGGUCCCUCUUGACAGUGCCUUAAAUGUUUCUAAUUUUACCUAG